AAUCGCUUAUAAGUUAUGGCAAGAGGUGGCAAGACUUAAUUCAGCUUAAAGUUAGUUGAAGAUCCAGUUAUGAUAGUUUAGCGAUCCCCCACGAUGUGUGUAAUAUAACAUAGUGCCUUGUUAAUUCAAUUAAUUGCAUUCAAUUUGGCAAAUCUUCCGCUGGGAAUAAUAACCAGCUGCUACUCAAACCAGUCUUCUCGCAGUUACAUCAAAAAUAAUUGGCUCAAUACAUAAAUGUCAUGUUUAGCUGAUUGAAACGCCAUAAAUGUAACCUUAAAGUCCAGUGAAUGAACUCUGAAAUCAGAUUAUAAGUAAAGAGAACUCUUCCCACGUGUAAAAGAGUUUACAGGUGCACAGAGGAAAACUAUUUAUUAACUGGUCAUUUUUCUACAGAUUUGAUAUCAAAUAUAUCAAGUUUCCUACUUUUUUAAAGAUUUUUAUUUUUUAAUUUUGAAAUAAUUUAGGAACUUAAGAAUGAUGUUUUCUCUCUGUUUAGUUUCCAUUAUGACGCUCCACGAUGACUGUUUGUUUGAGCCUGCCCAAAAUGGUCACAUUAACGGACAGAUUGUCGGCUCGUUAGGUUUGAUUGGAUUCUGGCUAACAGCGAUCAGAAAUCCGCAAUAUGGCCAAAAUGCUGCUGUGUCGCAGCUGUGUUGUCAUUAGUUGUCCACAAGCGAGAUGUCAAAUGGCAAAUGAUUUGUGGGACAAUGUGGCCGCAGAGGCAAGUGAAUCGAAGAUGGAACCGAACUUGGAUCAAUGGCUAUUGGUGACUUUUUCCCCGGAGAGCACUUCGCAAUUAGCUUUACAUAACCUGACCCACUCGCAAGGCAUUCCGUGACCAAGGAAAGUCACUUGGUACAACGAAGUCGUGUGGAACUUUUUUUUUGGUAGGAGUACUCGACCAUUAAAAGUGAUAGCUGAGAAAGUGCGAGCUUCCAGAAUAAUUUGGACUCAAAUUAAUCCAGGUCAUAGGAGUCACGCCUUAGGCUACCAGCCUGAAGCUUAUAAAAACACUAUCAUUUGGGUCUCGAUCAGUCAGUUAUUGGUCAAAAUGUCAAGCAAGCGGAUCUUGGCCCUUUUGGGAUUGCUAACUAUCCAGAAAACUUACGCGGAUGUGUCUCAUUUUUUUGCCUCACCACUGGAACAAUAUGGAAACUAUCUUCAUGGACAAGUCCCUUUUCAAGUGGGACUAUCACCUCCUAACUUGUAUGGACCUCCUCCUGCAGCACCUGUUACUCCAGCACCAGUGGCUCCUGUAUCCACCACUGAGUUUAGUCUGCCGGAGAUUAUCGAAAAUCGCAGUGUCAAGUUUCAGGGAUCUAGGCAGGGAAGCUUUAUACCUAUAAGCCAGCAUUAUAUACCGCCUGCUGUGGAGGAACGUCCCAACUACGAAAGUCCCAAGCCUAGCGAGGACCCCUAUCCAGCUUAUUACUAUCCCCAACCGCCUGCAGGGAGCAUCAUUACCACCUCUCUACCCACAACAACCACCACUCCAAGACCAAUCGUGGUACAAGAUCCUGGAGAGGAUAUUGAGACGAUACAUUCUCCGGGCUACGAUUACCAUGCCCCAGUGGCUGUUCCCGUAUUCCCUCAGAAACCCUCCACACCAGCUCCAGUUUACCUGCCACCCAGUGAAAUAAUCCAGGAUCAAAAUCAACUGAGACUUCGAAUCAAGGACAUGCGAUGCCUUUCGGCAGGUUAUUUCCGAGCUGUUCUUAAACUGGACAGCUUUUUGGGAGCAGCACCCACUAUGGAUCAGGAUAACGAUGAUCAGCUGGACAAGCGCUGCGAAAUGAAACUAUCUCGAAGUUUUCUACUCUUGGAUAUUUCUGGCGAGGACUUCGAACGAUGCGGUGUGAAAACCUGUGGACAGGAUCUAUGUCUACGCCUACGAUUUCCAGCCAUCAGAGGGUUAAGAACCAGUGGAGAUUCAAUCUUAACACUACAUUGCAAAACUCAAGAAAGAGUGGCUGUCAAAACACAUGCCUUGAAAAUGGGAGUGGCUAAUGAUGUUCAAGCUCGCAGUGGUGGCAGCUACGCCCAUGGUGGAAAUCAGAACGCCUUCCGGACUCACGUGGAAUUAUUGAGAAAAGGAAGUGCUGGUUAUACUAGACACUUGGAAAGCAAUGGAGCUGUUCAGUUGGGCGAGGAACUUCUAUUGAGGGCUCAUGUUCUAGCAGGAGAUGGUUGGAACUACACCAAACUCAGUGAUGUCCAGCUACAGAGGAUUGCAGGAGGAGGAGAAGUACUCAAUACGGUUCAGUUGGUCAGCUCGAGGGGCUGUCUAAAUCCCGCCAUGCAGGCAAUCUGCGCCCAUGCCCCCAUUUCCGAACCUCCUCUUGGCCAGCGACUCCACUUCAAGGCUGUGAUGUUUCCAGGAAUGCGUAGUGGCGAAGUUUUGGUAAUGUCCAUGCGCAUUACUGGCUGUUUGGAACGUGAAGAUUGCCAGGUGACAGCCCAAGAUUGUUUGCCAUCGGUGGGUCAAAGGAGGCGACGGAAUGUUUCUUACGGAAAUAGCACUGAAGUUUCGGAACUCUCUCAUCUAACGUUUAGGGUUAUGAUGCCCGAUGAAGAGGUUAUAUCUUCAAAGGAGGGAGAUAUAGAUAGUGGCGGUUCCGGGGUUAGAGAGGUUUCUAAAUCGCUGGCUCUCUUUGGCAGCUUGGGAUUUGUGGUAAUGCUUUUGGGUGUUGCUGUAGUGGCUUUGUAUAAAUUUGGGAAAUAGUUUUGGCAGAUCUUAACUUUAACUUAACUGCCUUUCAAUUUUUCGUUUGACUUCUACAGAUUCUAACUAGACAAUGGUGUAAGGUUUUUAUUAUUUUCACAUUAAUUUGUUUUUUUAAAAUAGAUAGUUGUAACCCUUAUAGCAAAUUUUGAGUAAAAAUAUACUUUCAUUUACUUUAAAAACAUUUAGAAGAUAGUUAAAACAUAUAUUUGUUACAAAUUUUUAAUUUCACUUCCAACUUAACUAGCCAAAUACUCUUUUCCAAAGUACUCUUACAUACACUCCAUCAAUAUCUAACUAUCUGAGGCGCCAAUCUGAACCUGUCUUUUAACCAUCUGUCUGCCAAGCAAAUUGACUUAUCGCCCUGGUGGUAUCAGCAACUAGCCAAUGUUUUGCCCAUUUCGAGUAUAAAACAGAAAUUAGCACUUAAUAAAAUCUUAUUUAUGUUCAUGUCGCUUGUAAUUGACCAGGCCUGAGAAUAAAAUAAAACUAAAAACAAAUUUAGGAAAACUAAA